UCUCUUCUCUCUCACUCUCUCUCUCCCCACAAACAUACUGCGUAGAUCACCGGUCCAAAGUUAUGGCCCCGGCAGUCGGAGGAAGAACCCUAGAGGAAACGCCGACAUGGGCAGUUGCGGUUGUUUGUGUUGUUUUGGUGGUAAUCUCGAUCAGCAUCGAGCACAUCAUUCAUCUCAUCGGAAAAUGGUUGAAGAGGAAGAGAAAAAGAGCUCUCUUCGAAGCACUUGAGAAGAUCAAAUCAGAGCUUAUGCUGUUGGGGUUCAUAUCGCUGCUGCUAACGGUAGGGCAAGGACUCAUAACGAACAUAUGCAUAUCGGAAGAACUCGGGUCCACUUGGCACCCUUGCAGCAAUAAACAGGAAGAGCAGAAGCAUCUCAGCAGCAGCAGCAAUCAAUACUACCCCUCUUCUGAAACCAAUGAUCGCCGGAAGUUGCUCUCCCUCAUUGAUUCCGAUGACGGGAAUUUCCGGCGGCUCCUCGCUGCUGCGGGCACCGGAGAUAAAUGUGCUGCUAAGGGAAAGGUUCCCUUCGUGUCAGCCGAAGGCAUACAUGAGCUCCACAUAUUUAUAUUCGUCUUGGCUAUAUCUCAUGUACUAUGUUGUAUCCUCAUCAUGACUUUCGGUCGAGCUAAGAUGAGGAAGUGGAAAGCGUGGGAAAUGGAGACGAGGACAGCUGAAUAUCAAUUGCAUGAGAGUUUAAGAUACGUGGGAGAGACAUCUUUCGGGCGAAGGCAUUUGAGCUUCUGGACCAAGAAACCCUUGCUCAUGUGGAUUGUAUGUUUCUUCAGGCUCUUCGUGAGGUUCGUGUCUGUUGCCAAGGUUGAUUAUCUAACUCUGAGACAUGGAUUUAUAAUGGCACAUCUGGCACCCCAGAGCCAUGCAUAUUUCAAUUUCCAUAAGUACAUCAAGAGAUCACUUGAAGAUGAUUUUAAAGUGGUCGUCGGGAUCAGCCCACUAAUUUGGAUCUUCGCCGUGAUAUUCGUGCUCUCCAACACUCAUGGCUGGUAUUCUCAUCUGUGGCUGCCCUUUAUCCCUCUCAUCAUCACUGUUCUAGUCGGGACAAAGCUACUAUCUAUUGUAACGAGGAUGGGUCUCAAAAUCGAAGAGAGGGGUGAAAUCGUGAAAGGUGUACCGGUCGUUCAACCUGGAGAUGACCUCUUCUGGUUCGAUCGUCCUCGGCUCUUGCUCUACCUCAUUAAUUUCGUUCUGUUUCAGAAUGCUUUCCAGCUAGCUUUCUUUACAUGGAGUUGGUAUGAAUAUGGGCUGAAAUCUUGUUUCCAUGACCGCUCGCUGGAAAUAAUAAUCAGAAUCUCCAUGGCGGUCCUCGUUCAGAUUUUGUGCAGCUACGUUACGCUUCCUCUCUACGCUCUUGUCACUCAGAUGGGUUCGACGAUGAAACCAACCAUAUUCAAUGAGAGAGUGGCGAUGGCCCUGAGGAACUGGCACCGAAAAGCGAGGAAACACAUCAGGGACAGUCGACGAGGAGGCUCUGUGACUCCCACGUCAAGCCAACGCACUACCCCCUCACAUCAUGCAUAUUUCACGAACUUUUUCGGUAACUGGCACCAAAGUUCAGUGGACAUGAGCACCCACACGUCCCCAAGGAGAUCGAGUUUUGACAUAGAGCACGGGGAUGCAGAACCAUCGUCCCUGGCUGAUCUUCAUGAAGUAGAUGAUACACUAUCAUCAUCUACUCACGACCACCACAACACAGUAGAAGAAGAAGAAGAAGAGGAGGAGGAGGAGGAAGGAGGGAUGUGUCAAGAGCCAGAAUUUACAGAUAUAGUCGUAAAGCCAACAGAGCAAUCAGUCCUGCAGCAUGAGAUCGAGAUCAAGUCAGAUAAGUGGGAUCCAGAAACAUUGCCCCCGAUCGUUUCCCAAGAGGGAGAUCGGACCUGCACAUCUAUUGAUCAUGCAAAUGUCCACGAAGGAGGCGAAGAUGGGGAGAUAAUGCCAGAUGCUCAAUCAGUGAGCAUCAUGCAACAUGAGAUCGAUAUCGAGUCGGUUGAAUCCACAGUGGGCCACAAAGGUUUAGUGAGAGGCAAGGGGCAGGAUUAUGAUCCAUGACCACGAGACUGAUACAAUAGAUCAUAUGUGUUUAUUUAGGAUGUGAGAGUGGUCCAAUCCGUUUAUACCCUGUAUAUAUUCCUAUUUUCUACUUGCUCAGCCUUAUGUCAUCGCGAGCCAAUGAUUGGUGAGGAGCCUGCACUACGGUCUGAAGUUAGAGGGUGUGGACUGGGAACAUAUAUAGUAUUGGAAUAAGGGACAAGUGUACCUCCGAUAGUAUAGCACCAGAAUGAAUUGGUUCGCUUGAUCAUUUGUACUUUUCCAGAUUAUUACAAGGAUAUCUAUCAAUCUAUCUAUCUAUCUAUUUUUCAA